UCCAUCCUCUUCAUCAUGUUCACUAAGGCCGUCGUUGCUCUCGCCCUUGUAGCCGUCACUCUGGCUGCUCCUUCACAACCUUCUUAUGGAUAUGCUCCUCCGGCAACCUAUGAUGUUCCCGCUAAGUACGACUUCAACUAUGCCGUGAAGGACGACUACUCCGGAAACGACUUUGGUCACCAAGAGGCCCGUGACGGAUACGACACCCAGGGAUCUUACUACGUCCUCCUUCCCGACGGUCGUCUGCAGAAGGUCGCCUACACUGUCAAUGGCGACUCUGGUUACGUGGCUGAGGUCAGCUAUGAGGGUGAAGCCCAGUACCCCGAGUACAAGCCUGCUCCUGCCUACAAGCCUGCUCCUGCCUACAAGCCCGCCCCCGCUUACAAGCCAGCCCCUGCCUACAAGCCUGAACCUACAUAUGCCUAAAUUAAACAAUGAAUAUUUAUUAAAUUAAACGAAGCCUAUCAA